CUUCUACUAUCACAGUCUGCCUAGCUUGGGCUUAAUGCGUCGACGUUUUUUACACACUCUCAAAAUUAAGUGAAUUUGUAAUUUAACAAUGCCGUGGACAAGUGCUAACAGAAUUUAUGCCAAGCCUUCAAAUACUAGUGCAGGAGAGGCGUCUACUAGCAGUAGCAGUACCCGUGUGGCUCACACUGCCGCAGCUGAUAGUGGUGGUCGGUUCGAACUAAGUGAUCAUGGCUAUGGCAAGGGUUCAGUGAAGCUACUUCAUGUCCACCGCGACGGAAAUUAUCAUACCAUUCGCGAGUUUGAAGUGUCCACCGAAUUAAAACUUACAUCUGAGACCGCUUACGUCUUGGGUGAUAAUAAAGAAGUUGUCGCAACAGACUCACAGAAGAAUACUGUGUAUUUGUUAGCGAAAAAGCAUGGUGUGAAGACGCCAGAGGAAUUUGGUGCUUUGGUUGUAAACCAUUUUCUUUAUAUGUAUAAACAAGUGGUGGAAGCGAAAUGUCGCGUUGUCGAAUACCCAUGGGAGAGGUUGCAAGCAGAAACACCACAUAAUCAUGCUUUUGUGUUUUCACCAACUGCCACUCGCUGGGCCGAAGUAUCACAAACACGACAUGAAGCGGUACUCGUGAAGUCUGGACUGAGCGGUCUACGUGUUCUGAAAACAACACAGUCCGCCUUUGUAGAUUUUGUUCAAGAUGAAUACACUACACUUAGUGAUGCGGCAGAGAGAAUAUUCAGUACGGUGGUGGAAGCUGAGUGGAUUUACGAUAGUAUGCGCACAGCUGAUUUUGACAAUGCCUGGCUUACUGUUAAGGACGCCAUAUUGGAUAAAUUCGCCGGACCUCCAGACACCGGAGUUUACUCGCCAUCAGUGCAGCAUACUUUAUAUCAAGCCGAGAAAUCUGUCUUAGAAAAUGUUCCUGAGAUAUCAUGGAUAAAGAUGACAAUGCCGAAUAAACAUUACUUGAACAUCGACGUUUCAAAAUUCCCCGCAAAUGUAACGAAAGGUGACCCGCGCCAUCAUAUCUAUCAACCUAUAGACAAGCCCUCGGGUCUUAUCUAUGCACAGCUACGCCGUAGACCCAAAAGUCGUUUGUGACGCAACGUCUCGUAGCAAGCUCUACGAGGUACCCAUAAUUUCUGCGAUAACUCUAUGAUGCGACAGUUGUAAAUGGUUGAAAAUUAAUUCGAGGUUACCUCAAUUGUUUUAGAUAUUGUCAAUGUUUAAGUAUUAUAAUUAUAAUUGUUUAUCUGGAUUGUGAACAAUAUACUGAUGUUUGUAACACAGAGCUUAAGUUAGAAUAUUUCGCGAUC